CGCCGAGCGGAGCCUGGGCAGAGAGACCUUGGCCUACUGGCACCCGCCCCUCUCUUCCCUGCGGGGCCCCCCCAGUCCGGUCCAGUCUAGGGCGGUUUAGGAUGGCAGGCAAGUGAUACUGGAGCUGAGGAAGCAUCAUGGCUGUAUUUCUGGAAGCCAAGAAUGCUCAUGCAGUCCUGAAACGAUUCCCUCGUGCCAAUGAGUUCCUGGAGGAGCUACGUCAAGGCACCAUUGAACGAGAGUGCAUGGAAGAGAUCUGCAGCUACGAGGAGGUUAAGGAGGUGUUUGAGAACAAAGAGAAAACGAUGGAGUUCUGGAAGGGGUACCCAAAUGCAGUCUACUCAGUCCGAGACCCCUCGCAGAGUUCUGAUGCCAUGUAUGUGGUGGUGCCUCUUCUGGGGGUGGUCUUGCUGAUUGUCAUCGCCUUGUUCAUCAUCUGGAGGUGCCAACUGCAGAAAGCAACUCGCCACCACCCCUCCUAUGCUCAAAACCGGUACCUAGCCAGUCGCGCCGGGCAUAGCCUCCCCCGAGUCAUGGUGUACCGGGGCACUGUGCAUAGCCAGGGAGAGUCCUCUGGGCAUCGUGAGGCAGCGAGCACCCCACAGGUAGUGCUGGGGCCCAGCCGGGGGGGCAGGACCACGGUCCGGCUGGAGAGCACCGUCUACUUCCCUGAGCUCUCUCUCUCCAGAUUGUCCAGUGCCACCCCUCCUCCCUCCUAUGAGGAGGUGACUGCACCCCAAGAGGGAAGCAGUGAGGAAGCCAGUGUCUCUUACAAUGACCCACCCCCCAAGUAUGAAGAGAUAGUGGCCGCCAGCCCAGGUGCAGACAAGUAGCGGGGGCCAAGCCCUGCCUGUAUGAAAGUCUCUUCCCGGGGCAGCCUGCUCCCUUUUGGACUUUUGAAAGACUGUGCCACCACAAAACAGCCUUAGUCUCCUUGUUGCCAAAUAAUUCCCUAACCGUGGAUUUACAGGAAGUCAGUCAUCGGCAGGGACAGUUGGGGGUGGGGGUAGGGAACAAGCAUGAGUCAAAGCCCUCUGGGAAGCUCUUUCAGACCCCACCCCCACCCCAAUAUCUUGCCCUCCCAUCUGGGACUGGCUCCUAUUAUGCCAAAGGAACCACCCUGUGGUGUUGAUUGUGGCCAGAAUGUCUGCAGGCUUGGCCUCUGGGGCUUUAGAGCUGGCUGGAGACCUCUGUGCGUCUGAAGUCCUAGGCCACAGAGGUAGGGGGAUAAGCCAGCCCUGAACUCCCCUUUCCUCAACUGCUCCAUGCUUUCUGUCCUUGCCUACAUUAUGAGGACAGGGCCAAGGACUGAUCAAAGAAUGAAACCUAUAAAGUAGUAACAAAUAAUGAACACCAUUAAGAAAACAAUAGCGCCUGGUCCUUGCAUAGCAGGCCAAGGGAAUUCAAUUACAUAGACCUGCCUUCUCAAUACCCAAAUGCUUGGAGCAGCCUGCAGGAAAAUAGGAUGCGGGAAGGACACAGAUGGACAGUGGCUGGGUGGCAGAGCUCCUUCCUUCAUAUUAAUCAAGGGGCCCAUUGGAACUCUGCCACCAUCCGUUGGAGAAACUGAUGCCCCUUCCCCCCUGCCCACAGAGCCCAGAGUCUCUCGCUGGUUGGGCAGGCUGGCCCAGAGAGCUCACAUUUUCUUCUUGUGUAGUUGAUCAGUCCAUAAGGCCAUCAAAAUCAUGAGCUUUGUCUCCUUGGCAUUGAGCUCUAUGGCUUUGAAGUUUUAGGAUAUUUCCCUUUAUGUAAAUAGGUGCAUUGAACUUGAAUUCAGAUUGUGACUUCUCUUAAUGAUGGUGCCCACAUGGGGAGAAGAUCCUGAAGUGUUUCUUCUAAAAAAUAAUUGUCUUAGUGGGGGAGCCCAUGACCUGGGGUCACAGGCCCAUCCGGGGUUUGUUCUGCCAUGGCCAGGUGCUGAUCUGUUUCAGUGAGGCUUUGGAAGGAAGUGGGCAGAGGUGACCUGCCCUUUAACUGUCAGUGACCACACAAAAGACACUGUUGAUGCCAUCUCUCUCUCCCUGCCCAAGCUCCAUUCUUCUGGCCUCUGUGCCAAAUCAUUUUUCCUCUGUGGUGCUUUAAAAAAUGUAGCACAUUUUUGUGGGGCCCAGAAGAGUGCACAGCGUGGGUCUGUUGGCAACCACAGUGGUUUUAAACCCACGGAGUUGACAAGCUUCCUCUGUCUAAACAGCUCUCCAAAGCAGACCUUGGAGCUCACUCACUCCCUGAACGCAGCCCUGCCUUGAGGCCCCAGAUGACUUCUGGAGGCGGCUCUAGUGCUGGGGACUUUCCCCAGGGUCGUGUUUGCAGUCAAGCCUGUGCUCUUACCAGGGAGGCUGCCAGCCUGGAGACUCAACCCUGUGGCUAGCGUUGUCCGUCAUUCCCCUACCUCACAGGCCCAUUGAAGGCUGAUGGAGCUGAUGCUUGGAAAGUGCUUGAAGCGCCAUGGAACCAGAGGUUUGCCCUUAGGAAGAUUCUUCUAGAAAUGUAUAGGCUGUCAGGAACCAGUUUUAGCUGAGGACCUCAAAUGCCUCUGAUAUUGAGUGUCAAGCCAAGGAGUUAAUCUCUUGCAAGUUGAGCCUUUGUGGACCUUUCCCUGCUCCCCAGUGUGCCGACCAGGUGGCAUUCGGCAUUCCACUUGCUUUUCUUCCCUCCCUCCUUUCCUUUCCUUCCUUCCUUCCUGCCUUUCUUCUUUCCCUCCCUCCCCGCUGUCUUUCCUCCCCCCUCCUCUAUGUUCCCUGCAUUGGUCCUCCAGCCAUUCCUCCUGAAGGGACGCGGGGCCCAGCAGGCCCUUGCCUUUCCCAUGAUGGAGAUUAGGACUCAUCUCAUCCAGUCAUAUUGAAGAACCUGGGGAAGCUAGACUCUCUGAGGCCAGCCCAGCGUAUCCCAGCAUUUUGUCAAGCUGGUGCCUGAAUGUGGCCCGGGGGCCACCUGCAAAGAAACUUUCCCCAGGUAGUAGAGAGUCAAGCAUGGGCUCCACUGACCAAGGAAUGCUCACUGCCUUUGACAUCGGCCUGGCAGUUCAAGGCUAGGAAGGCAUGGGUGAGAGAGGAGGCUGAUGUCUGGAGCCUGGCCUGUGUAGGGUGGCCGUAGGUGAGUUAGAAGUAGCUAAUUAGGUGUUGCCUGUGGGCUCCAGGUUGGGUGCUUCACAGAGCUUUUCCAGGUGACCUGUGCCAAGUCCUCUGCGAUUGUGUUUGCAGCAUCUUGUACAGUAUACACAAUGGGCAUAACUCCUCACGGUGCACACUUGGCUUUUACGAAUGCCCUGUACAUAUCUUUUCCAACUCGUCUUUGUAUGGGCGUGGAUUUGAUAAAAUGCUAACACUUCAGUAGCCACAUCUUUGUUGUUUUGGGACUGUGUGUGUGUGUGUGUGUGUGUGUGUACAUGUGGGCAUGUUGUCUUUGCUCAUUGCUUUUCUGAGAUGAUAGCCAGUGUGUGGCUCUAUUUGUCCCAGAAGGGAUCUGCUCUGAAGGCACGACUAUCUCCUGAGGUUGGGCAGCCUCAUGAUGGGGCCCUGAAGACGGGAAGCCCCCCCAAAGUCUCUGCCUUCUGUACCCCCACAAAAGGCUUUGGAGUAAAGAUGGAGGAGCUCGAUCCUGUGGGAUGUACCCCCUGUGAGAUGCCCCCAUUCAAACGCCCUCCCUCAGCUCCUGUUCUGUAGUUGAAGGAAAUCUGAGCACUCCAGAGCAUGUGUGUGGGCGUGAGUGUGUGUGUGUGUGUGUGUGUGUGUGUGUGUGUGUAAAGAUAUGACUAUUGACUUGGGGAUUGGUGGGGCUAGUUACUUAGGUAUUUUUUCAUUAAAAAAGAAAAGGCUUUAAAAAUUCCUAAAAAUAUGACUGUCACUUGUUUUUCAACCAAAAACUUUUUAAGACUUUUUCAAGCAAGCAACAAGAAUCACACUCUGUCCCUCCCCUCCUGCCCAUCACCUCGGGUUUUCAACUUGAAAGCACAAGAGAAAGCGUGAGGCACACGGGUGCCUGGCAUGUGCACACUCCUGCCAGCUGUGUUGUUGUGCCCUGACGGCGGGAGGCGUGCUCCUGAGCAGUGGGACCCCGGACGCUGCUGAGGCCUCCGCCCCCACUUGCCAAUCCCACUGCCACUAGUGUGAAUUCCUUAGGGUGCUCCAACAAACAGGCAUCUGCCCGAUUAUUUGGACAAUGUCUUCAUGGUAGCCCACACAUGAGGGAUUCGGGAUAGGAAAGGGUUUUCUGUUAAGUAGUCGGAGCCAGAUGUUUCCCGUCUCCCUGUGGACUUGAGACUCCCAAAUCCCAGCCAAAGUCGAUCCAUCUUUGGACAACCAAAUGACAGACAAGGAUACUGAUAAUCUAACACUGUCUUUAGAUUGGUCUUUUGUCCAACUGAGAGCAAGAUGGCAGCGAGAGGCUCUGAGACGCCCAGGUUGUGUCUUUCUAGGACCAGGUAUGUGCUGACUCACAGUCAAGGCCCAGCUGCAACGCUGGGUCAAGGGAUGAAGCUUCAUUCUCAGACCUCACAGAUCCAGAAACAAUCGCCUCUGCCCCACUGAAGUCCGCUGAUGCUAAUCAGUAUCAUCAGCUAAUUCUAGACUACUGUAAGCAGAUUGCUUCCAACUACAGUAGAAGCCCAUUAAUUUGAAGCCCCUAUUCAGAACGUAGAGGAAAUCCUAAUUUGUAAGGCUUCAUGGUAGCUGCGAUUCUCGCUACGUGCACACGCGUGAGUCUGCCUUUCAGCCAGCCUUCGGGGUCUUCGGUAGGAGGAAGCCGGUGGGAAGUGAGGAGCGAUCCCUUCUCCGUGCCUUCAGCUGGAGGCUCAGCCGUGCUCGUGUGUGCAGGGUGGGGACAUUACAAGCUGUAGCCUUUCACUCCACUUCUGUAUUUCUCCUGUGAAUGACAUGGUUUGCGGUCCCGACCACAACCUCAGCCCCAGUCCAUGUCUUUCUGAGUCCUCUGUGGAGCAGAUGUUGUGCUGGCAGACUGCUUUCUCUCAUCCUUCUCUCCCAAAUAGUCAAGCUUCUGGAGCUUUCCCUUUCCCAGGCUGUGGGCGGUUAGUUUCUCUCUAGCGAGAAUUUCUCUGUCAAAGAUAUCCACACAGCACACUCCCUCAGCUCAGCGCCUCAACAGCUGUGGCACUGUACUGAUACAUGACCGCUGGACGUGCCUGCCCUCCUCCAACCCUCAGCCUGGCAUCAAGACUGAGACCCAGGAUUGGGACCAAUUCCCCCGCCCGCUUUUGCCUCCCAACCUGUUUUCGCCUCAGUUACCACUUUGCUGUUUCACUCUGUCGUUGUGAAUUUGUGACAGUGGCAAGCCUGAUAUGUGCAACGGAGCUUAUAGAAACGAUGACUGCGACACGGAUUCCUCCUGGUACCACUUGAGACUGUGCGCCUAUUCGCGGGUUGACCCGUGUCCGCUGGGAAGUCUGUAUGUCAAGAUUCCAACCGGAGCCCGGGCGUGAUAAACUGACCUGCUUCUGCUCUCUAGUGCACGCUCUCUGGCUCUCUUUACAGUUGUUGAGUUUAGCUGUUAACUUUGUCUCUUUCUGUACAAGAUAAUGAAUACCAAUAAAGAACUAAUGGCAUCCACUGA